GGCCCCGCCCUCGCGUCAGUGUGUGUACCUGCGCUUGCGGAUCGGGAUCAUGGCGGGACGUCUUCUUCACCGAGCCUGGAGCGCAUCACUGCGGAUCGGGAGCACCGUGGCGGUCCGGCCGAUCCACCGAGCAGCCGCCCUGGCUGCAGAGAGAGGAAUACCAACAGAUGAGGAGCAGGCCACUGGACUGGAGCGACGCAUCCUGCAGGGCUUUAAAGAGGGAAAGGAUCCCUACAGCAUACUGAAUCACACAUACUACCCAGGCACCAAGGAAGACCCCCAGAUCGUGCCAUGCACCGGAACCAAGAGGCUGGUGGGCUGUAUUUGUGAGGAAGACAACACUGCGGUUGUGUGGUUCUGGGUUCAUGAGGGAACUCCCCAGCGCUGUCCUUCCUGUGGCACCCACUAUAAGCUGAUGCACCACGACUUGCCUCUUUGAAACUUAAAAUGCAGAAAUGGGACAACACAGAACUGUCCAUGUUUGCCUUGUUCAUGUGCAUAUAUAUUAACCUAUACAGUUGAUCAUUAAAAUUAAAAGCUGAA